UCUGAUAUAGUGACUUUACGUAUGGACCUUUGAUAUAAAAAUGUUGUACAUUCAUAUGCAAAAUAUACAUAUGUACAUAUAUUUGAUUUUGUAUUCAGUUGCAAAUGCCAAAGAGUUGACUUAAAUAUUUUUCUGCUCUAACAAAAACUUUACUUGUGGCCUUUGGAUGAUAGUGGCGUAUUUUGGCAAAACUCGGAUCCGCCAACGCAGCAAAAGCAUAGCCCUGAUGGUGCCGCGUUGUUGGUAUUCAUUUUUCACAUUCCACAUGCGAAGACGGUGCCUAAUGCACUUUUCCAUUUUCUCGCUGUUGUUAAUCAAACGUAUUCCGUGUCCGUUGUCGCAAGUGAAUUUGGCAUUUUAAGUCUCCGCUCAUCAAAAUGCUGGAAUUUGUGUUUUAACUGGUUUGGUGCAACAAUUACAUUAAUAACGUUGCAUUGCACAAGUAACAAAAUAUAUAUGUAUAUAAUAUAGUGCUCCAUGUACAAAGUAAAUUUCACAAAUGUUGGAUGUAGCAGAAACUAGAAGAAAUUGCGAUAAAGGCAUGUAAUACUUAUACAAAACAACCUAAAAAUUACUGGAAAGCUGUGUAAAUGCAAAGGAAAGUGAAUGUGAUUGUCGGAAAAAAUGCAUAAAUUAUACGGGUAAACUGAGCUUAGGAAAAUAAAAAUAUAAACGCAUUGGCAACAGAACAUCGAUAUGCAUACAAGCAAAUUUAAAUAUGGUUUUUAUUAUUAUAAAUCGAAAAUGGCUAGUAUUAAAUCUAAAUGUAAAUGACUAAUUUUAUUUUGCCAGUAUAAAUUCAUUUAAACUAUAAGCAAGAAAGUCACAAAGGAUACAAUUAAAAAAGAUCAAUAAAAAGGAAUUAAGUUUAACUCGCCUGAAUGCAUAUAAAGAAUGUUGAACUAUUAUACAAGCACCAAGAUCGCAUGGUUUCAUAUUAUAAUGUAGAAACUUAGGGCCAGUCGCAGAAGCGACUACUUAAUUUGCAUUUCAAACAUAUGGCGGCCACCGUCGUAAGCACCCAAAUGUCCGCUAUCGCUGCGUCAUCUCACACUAUUGAUUCAUCGCAGACCGUAAUCACAGAUCAUCGGUCGUCUUUUUUCGCGAAAAAUACGAAUAUUGUAAAAGCUAAAGUAUCAAAGAAUACGCCAAACUCUAAAGUGAUGCUACGCUCUUCAAAACCUACAAAAGCACUCUCAGCGAUUCCGAUAUCAACCAUUCGGAACCAGUCGCUUAGAUCCAAUUUGCCUUUUGUACAAAUAUUUCAUACACCAUCUGUUACUUUAGCUAGAUCACUUAGCUGUGAUGAUAAGGAUGAAUGCUCAAAAAGAAUUGUUACAGCCGUCGGAUUGACAAGGAUGCAAUGCGCUGAUAAUAGCACUCAGACUGAUACUAUGUGUAACACAGGGCAAGUAUUUUUGACAAAAAAAGUACACGAACAGCAAGGAGUAAACGCUGAACUUAGGGAAGAGCACAACAAUCAGAAGGAUUUUUUGUCUUCAAAAACACGAAAGCAGAGCUCAAUGUUUAAUGAGAUCUGCGACGAAAGCGAAGGAAUUAUUGCAAUUGCACUGGAUAGAAAACGUGAAAACGACAGUGAGAAGGAUGUGCUGGAAGAAGACAACUAUUUCUUAUUCAGGGAAAUGGACUUUAUAGGCAUGAAGAGUGAAUGUAGUAGAAGUAGUGAUGACACUGAAACAAAAAGUCUCACUGAAUGCGAUAAUGCUUUUAAGAAACCGGUUAGUAUUUUGGGAGUUGAGCAAUCUGUUAUAAAUUCUGAUAAUAUUUUUGGAUGCAAAACACAUUCUAAUACUGAAAAAUUUCUGGAAUCUGUUGAAUGUACUUGUAAUGAUGCAACACAAUUUAAUAUUGAUUGUGACCAAACUUUAGCAAAUUGCACGUAUCAAGAACGCAUUAUUGACUAUGACAAUUUCCGGAUAAUAGAACAUGUUAUAGAUUGUGCAAAUGAAAGUUUUUGUAAACAUGGUGAGGAAAUGAAAUGUGAUAGUCCUUGGAAAGAUACGGAAGAGGAAAACAAAGAUCAAAAUAAAGAAAUGAACUUAUCUUGUCGAGAGUUGGUGGCAUUUAUCGGUGAAAGUUAUCAAAUUAUUAAUAAUGAACGUCAUUCAAUAGUACAGAAUCAAGAGCAACCAGAUUUACCUGUUGCGUCAUCAUUUAAUUUAGAUGCGCACCAUUCUAGUAACGAUAAUGACGAGAAAAAUAUAUAUUGUUCUGGUGAAUUAGUUAUUGAGCCUUUACCAUUGAAUUCCGAAUAUGCGAAUAUGAACUUACAUGAGACUUUGGAUAACAAUAAUAACAAAGGUUACUCCAAAGGAAAAACUCAAAUUUUAAAUAGAUCAAAGAUACAUCCCCCCGAAAAUAACAAGCAAAUAUUAACUACGAUUGAUACAACUGAUUCAGUUUCAAUUGAAUCUCAUGCCCAAACUGAGUCAUUAAAACGCAGUAAAGAACAAUCGAUGUCAACAAUCCAAAAUUCCACACCAUCUAUGGCAUUAGCACUGAAAGCUCUAAAAUCAAAACUCACGCCAUUGGCUCCAUCAUUUCAUCCAGCAAAAAAAAAAUCACAACCAACUUCAUCCACAACUACUGCCUCGUCAUCAAUGUAUGCCUAUGAGCAGACAGCGAUUUAUUACCAACAAGAGCCACAACUGCCUAAACCGCAGCUAUCGCGCCCACAACAAUUAGCAACUACAACUACUGUGCAUAAAACUAACUUACAACAACAGCAGCUGCAAGUCUUACCAACGGUUCAACCAAGCUAUUUCAAAAAUUAUUUUCAACAUCAACACUACUGCUCAUCAUUGAUACAAAAUUUACAACAGGUCCACAAUUUUGUAAUAUCCUCUAACGAACAUUCUCAACAUUGCGAUGAAUUGGGAAAUAUAUCGCAAACUCAUCUGAACAGUGCUCCCAGUUCAGUUGCUGUUGCAAUCCAAACAAGCGCCUUGCCCGUGGCCGUCGCCAAUCCGACGCAGCAAGCUCAACUGUACCCGGUUCAGUUGAUUUCACUAGCUACUCCAACUCUAGUAGCCGACGCCAGUAGAACUUUUGGACAGCGGCAGCAACCAUGCACCACUUCAGCCACAGUAACCACGGUUGGUAAUGGAUCCACUCCGUGGCCACUUUUAGAGGCAGCACCUUUUUUUAUCGACCCACAUGGAGAACUACACACUUUCUGUCCAACGCAUGGUCACGCAGCUUUAAAUGCAGCAUCAGUGGAGACCGUAGUCAAUCCACAAUGUGUGCCAUUUAAUCAAGCAACCCUCAGCUCUACACGGAGUAACAUUUCGCAGUCUUUACAUUCCAAGCAGUAUCAGAAUACACUACAAAAUCAAACUCGACCGCUAACAUUAACCACUGUUCCAGUGGCGAAAGUCAGUACGACCAAUCAUCAGUUAGUACAAAACGCAAAAGCAAAGAAUCAAAAUCAUAAUCAAACCCAAAAUCAUCAACUACGUCACCAACAACAGCUUCAACAACCUCAGGCGCAUUAUCACCAGCAACAGCAACAGCAAAAAUUUGAUUCAGGCAUUAUACUAAACAUUUCUGGCAAAGGCAAACUUCAUCGAGGUCCAGCAACAGUUCAAAUGGUUUCUCAAAACCGCCCUCCAUCGAUAACAGUGCCGGUACAAGUACCGCAGGGACAAAUGAUGCAGCAAUAUGUUAACGAGAACGGAACUUUUGCACAUGUUGUGCUUUCGCCCCAAUAUCAACAGAUCCAUUCCGGUCAAGGACAUAUGCAUGCACCUUUCAUGCAGGCUGGUGGAUCUUCUCAAUUCUACCCAACCCUUCCUGCGGGAUUUGCUCCAAACCCAGGUAGUGGGCCAGCACAUUUCCACACUCUGACAAGUGGGCACGUGCAAACGCAACAACUUUCUCAACAUCAAAAAGCGACAACACAACCACAGCAAACAGGAUCUCAAACUUUAUCACAUUCGCCUUCACCUCCUAAUAGCUAUCAUAAAGACGAGCGUACCCAACGACAACACACAAAGUUACUAAGGAAACUUGAGAAACAACGGGAAAUGACACCUCCUCGUUGUAGCGACUUAAACGGGUAUCAUAAUCUUUCAGUUAACUCUGCAAACAGUAGCCCUGUCAAUGGAACAAAUAAUCACGAUCACGUUAUUGCAACUUCAGGGGUUUCGCCAUCGGAUACAGCUAAUUCAAAUUCUUCUGUAAAAAGUUCGAGUGACAAUGGAUUAGGAGUUGUUCAAAGUGUUCUUAAUAUCAAUAAAAGUCUUGUCCAACUAAAACAGGAUACAUCUCCACUGCGGCAACCAUUAAAAAAAAACAUUUUGCACUCUCAAACUACGCAACGAAAUGGAAGCAUAGCACCAAAUGUAUCCCCAAGUGGGCUAAGUUAUGGUGUCAAAAUAGCUAGUUCUAAAGGAGAUAAAGGAGAGUUUAAUUCAAAUAUCUUCGCAGAUGAGGAGGACACUCAAGCUUUGAUUAUUGAGCAAUUAUCUGCUAUACAAAAACCGAAUGUAAUUAAUUUAACUUCACGAUCAGCAAAAAUUAUUUGGGAAGGGCCAAUAAUGACUGACUCACAAAUUGAUACUAAGAAUCUACGUUAUAAUGUGUUGCUUAGUGAUCGAGCUAAGGACGGAAAAUACAAAAGUCUUUAUAAAGGCGAUUCAUAUGAUUGCAUAGUACAAGACCUUCAACCAGGUCAGACGUAUGUAGUCCGAGUUCAGGUAUACUAUAACAAGUUGCAGGGUACAGCUUCUGAGGCAUCCGAAUUCAUGACUCCACCAUGUGAACCAGAUCAGCCAACGCCACCUAAACUUGUAAUGCGAACGAAGAAUUCGUUGCAUUUGCGUUGGUCGAACCCACCAUCUAAUGGUUCACCCAUACAGCAUUAUUUAUUGGAAUAUGACGACGGUAAAUCCGGGUUAUCUCUAUCUACCCGCGCCUCACUCCAAAAUAUUGAGAAUGAAGAUCAUAACUUUGUCGAAGCAACGAAAACUAAAGGCAAGCAUUACACUCUUACUAAAUUGCUGCCAUCAACUGUAUACUAUUUUCGUCUGGCUGCCGUCAACGAUGUGGGUAUGUCAUUAUAUUCCACUAUUUGCUCAUAUUGUACCUCGAAUAAUCCGCCGAUUGCACCGAAGCCUCCGAAACUCCAAAGCUGCAGUUCUACAACUAUUCGUCUUUGGUGGGAACGACGCCAACAGGAUGGUGAUUACGUCUUGCAAAUACUUGAUCCCGAUUCAGGUCAUGGUUUCCUAAACGCUUACAAUGGUCCAGAUACGAGUCAUGAAUGUUGCGAACUGCGACGAGCUACAUAUUAUCAGUUCCGGUUACGUGCAGAAAAUGAAGCGGGUAGCUCUCCAUGGUCCAAUGAGGUUACCUACCAAACAGCUCCUGAAAAACCAGGUAAACCAGGUAAACCACAUCUGAAAGGAAAAAUACAUGGAACACAUUUUCGAGCUCGAUGGGAUCCACCCACAGAUAUGGGAGGCGCCGAAAUAAUUCGAUAUUUUCUCGAAAUCACAUCUGGUGCUAAGUUUGAACGUAUUUAUAGUGGUACUGAUACCGAGAGCAUAUGUGAUCGACUUCAACCAGGUACAACGUAUCAGUUGCGUGCGUCCUGUGAAGGCCCUGCAGGCAUUAGUCCGUAUUCUGAUGUGGCCCAUAUUACAUCAGAAGCUUUAGUACCUGCGGCGCCUUCGCCACCUUAUUAUGACAGUCCGCCAGGUCCGUAUGCGGCGGUUUUAAGACUGGAUAAACCAGAAAAUAAUGGUGGUGCUCCCAUUUUAGAACUUGAAGUACAGAUGCGUCAUUCUGUAGAUGAUAAAUACGCUAUUGCAAAUAAAACAAAUGAUUAUUCAAUUGUUUACCAUGGACGAGAUACAUUUUGUGUGGUAAAAGAUCUACAACCUGGUUGGUCUUACGAGGUACAGGUUCGUGCAAUUAAUCGCAUUGGUGCUGGACCUUGGUCAUCAUGGUUUCGCUUCGCGGCAGCUGCGGCACCUCCGAACGUACCCGAAAAUCUAAAUGUUAUAAUCAAGUCGGCGACGCAUUUGCUAGUAAAUUGGGAAGAGCCUAGUAACAAUGGUGCACCGAUUCAGGAAUACCGCUUAGAAAGCUUAACUGUUGAAAAUGAAUCCGAUCUUAGUUUAGAAAAUUCAUCACAAACAUCAGCAUACCACACCUGUUACCAUGGUGGGCAAACUAGUAUCGAUUUGCGAAAUUUAUCACCUUUUACUAUAUAUUACUUUCGCGUGAAUGCCAGUAAUGCGGCUGGAGUGAGUAAGUGGUCAACAUGCAUAAACGCGCGUACACCAGCGGCAGUACCUGCUGCGCCACAAAUCAAAGACUGUGAAUUUACUGCAAAAAAAGUAGUAUUAAAUUGGUCGAAACCUGAAUGUAAUGGUGCUUGCAUCACUGGAUAUACCAUUGAAUGUGCAGAUAAAUCAAUUACCAUUGCGGAUGCAAAUACCACAUAUACAAUCCAAGAUUUAAUGCCCGAAACUACUUACAAAAUUCGCUUGCAGGCUAUUAAUAGCAUUGGUGGCGGACCCUUUUCUUCUUACACUAAAUUUACAACAUUACCUUCACCCCCGGCGCCACCAUCACUUGAGUGUACAGGAGUAGGUCAUAACUUUAUAAAAUUAAAAUGGGGUGAUGGUAAAAACGUUGAUUUUAUCAAAUACUAUGUAGAAAUGUUUGUUCAACGUGCAAAAGAGUUCCAGAUAGUUUACUCGGGAACAAGUUGCAUGUGUAAGGUGAAUAAGUUGCAGGAGAGUACUGCCUACACCUUCCGCGUAUAUGCAAGUACUGAUCGCGCCGGAAUCGGAGAAUUUUCAGACGAAUAUAUUUUCAGUACGACUCCUACAUUGCCGAGCAACAUUAAAGCUCCAAGGGUUGCCAUGGAAGGAGCAGCUGCCUGUUUGCUAACACACGGUGUCGGCAGUGCAAGUAGUUUCGUUCCAUCCGGGAUUCUUCCUGAAACACCUACAAGUUUUAUUGCCGGCCUAGGAAACCUCUCUUUAGGUGUACCACUUACUCUAGAAUGGCAAAAUUCUAAAAAUUCUUUCAAUGAUCCUGUGGAAUACGUACUACAGUAUGCAAUUGGUAAGGAUGGUGACUACAGACGGAUUUACAGAGGUCCAGAAACUAAGUUUACAAUUGAAAAUCUUGAGCCGGGAACCAUGUAUCAAUUUCGAGUUUAUCCUAUUCGUGUUACUAAAUCUGGUGAAGAUUUAGUUGGCCAAUAUACUUCCGCAUUCCGAUACCAAGUUCCACAUCUUGCAGCACUGGACGAUAUCGAUGGAAAUUUAUUAGGAAAUAUGGGCAGCGUUUUUGGAACAGGCGGUAGAGGGAUAAAUAACAGCAACAACGGUUCCAUGAAUUGCCAUGGCCAUUCACACUUGGCACAUCAUGUUCACAGCUUGCAUACACAUCACUCUCACAGCCAUACGCACCACAAUAGUAGACAAUCAAUUACCAGUCUUCAUCAUCGUUCAGUAAGUGCGUCUGCUGCAAGCCCAAACGGUUUUAAUGGCCAUAGCAACACCAAUAUUAACGAUAGUAGUAACAAUAGUGGUAGCACUAUACUAAUUGGACCUAAUGCCAUUGGCUUAAUACCUUUGGGUACAUCAAUGACAAAUGAAUUGACUACAGUGGAAUUUGCUGGUUGUGACGAUCCACUACAUCAUCAUCAUCAUCAUCAUCAAUUUCUUGGUGGAAAUGUAAGUCCAGGAUCAGAUUCCGUAGGAUCUGCACCAACUACGACAUCGUUUUUAGCUGCUGCUUCAAAUAAUUCGCUAACAAAUAAUGCACUAUUAGUACAUGGUAUCGGUUUAUCCAAUCAUGCUCAAAAUGGUGUAUUACGCCGAUAUAUGACCAAAUUAACUACGAUAUAUACGAACCGGAAACGUUUCACCGAUCAGGAAAAGGCAGUUUUAUUUAUGGUUUGCUUUUUGUUUUUUACAUUUAUAUUUGCAACCUUAGUUAAAGCACUAAUGCGAUAAAUUUUGACAGAAAAUAACUAUUGUGGAAGAAGAUUAUGCAAGCCUUUUAUGAAAACGAGAAAGCAAUGCAUUUACGAUUAAAAUAGUGAAUGUGUCGAUGAAUAAAAACAAGCUAAGACUCUUUCAAGAAAUUCAACUACCGAAAGCUCAUAUGUUCUAACCUAAGUGUGAACGUUCAUAUAUAUAUAUACUACACAUACAAAGGUGGUGGAAGUUUAUAAUCUAAUUCUCAAUUGAUUCUAAGUAAUCUGUUAAAGGGCAAUCCUAUUCAACAUUGGAAAUCAAACUAUAGAAACGAAAAUACAAUGAUUUCUUUUAUAAUUUAAUUAAAAUAUUUAACACAAUUGGCAACUGUGAUAUGCAUAUUUUAGUUAAGUUUAUUUUCCAUAGAGAGUUUAUUUAAAUUCGUUAACGCAUUUUCAGUGAAAACUACAGCGUUACAUAAAUGAGAUUAAGACAAACUGCAGACAACCAAUAAAUAUGGUGUUUACUUCAUUUGCUGGUCAAAAUUUGCAAAUGUUAAUUCAUAUGUGUCAUUUCCAAAAAGCUUCAUCUUGCUGUUAGAAAAAUUAACUACGACUAUAAAAUUGUACCUUGGCUUAAAACACAGGUAUAAUACCAUAACUGCAGUAUAAUACAAUAACUUGUUGGUGAGAAGGAAAUUUCUCGUGUAAUAAAUUUAUUUACGACUUAUCAUGGUUACCUAUUAUUUUUUAUCAUUAAUAUUCCAAUUCAUCAAUAUUUUCUAUAUAUUUUUUUCUUAUUUUAGCGUAUUUAGAUACGCAUAACUCUCAGAUAAACUUGAAUUUAAUGUAUGUAAAAUAAUCUGAAUAUAAAUACAUAUAUGUACAUAUAUCCCGCUUUCCCCAAUCUACAUGGAAAUGCAUAAAUAAACUAUAAUACAUAUGCAGUUAUAUCUCCGUUUAUACUCAUUAAGUAUUUUAGCAGUCAGAGUGUGUAAAAUUGGAACGUUAAAAAAUUAUUAUCACUGUACCAGUUCAACUAAUGUGUUAUUAGAAAUUACCAAUAUCAAUUGUUAUUUGGAUUGUGUAUGCUUGGCGCAGAUUAACAAAAGAUCUUAUUCUCCUUUAAAUUAUUAAAUAAAACUCAAAUAGUUUUAUUUCGAAAUUUUUUAAUGCAUUAACAAAUUGCACCUAAAUAAUUUUUGUAAUCGAUAUCCAUAUUGCUUAAUAUUCUGCAUUCAUGGCACAACAACAUCGAUUAUAAUUAUUAGUUAAAUAUCAUCAUACUAUGUAAUAUAUCUUUUUGGGUUAUACAAAUACAUAUAUAAGUCCAUAUUUAAGCAAGAGAGAAGUUGAAGUUUUUUUUUUAUAUAUCUCCUCUAGGCCUCUCAAUUCAAAGGACGGCUCAAACUUUUAAUUUAUUUAGUUUUUUUUUUUGGUAUUAUAAUUAUAACAAGAUAUUUUAUUUAAUUAUUUAUUAUGUUUAUUUCCAGUUCUAAUAAUAAUGAUAAGUUAUGCAUAACCUUUAUCGAUAUCGUUUUUACUACCCAAGUGGCAACAACUUACAGAUCCAAAAAUUGUUAUCUAUGUAGUACAUGGCACAUAUGAAUGCUGAUAUCUUAAUUUUUUUUAACUUAAACUUUAAUUUUGGCAUUUGUCGAUAUAAAUUAAUUAUACAUUUUCUCUGACCAAUGAAAAAUGUCUAUAAUCAUUAACUUUUUCCUUAUAAUGGAACACCAUUUUUAUUGCUUUUCACGUAGCUUAGUUUUAAGCUUAGGCCAAAAGAAUAAGCAAUGAAUCAUAAAUAUUCGGCUUAUUAUUGAAAAUCAUCAUCUAUUUAAUCCUAUAGAAGUAGUUGGAUGGAUGUGCAUUGACUUUUUACCAUGACCCCAACAUGAGGACUUUUAUUAUUGAAUAACUAUACUGUUAAUAGAAAUGAAAUUUAUAGUAUUUAUACCGAUUGAAAAAGAAAGGUAAUUUAAUUAAAAGUUUGUAUAUAUUUUUUUUUAUCGGUUAUGGUGUAAUGAAUGAAGAUCUAAGAUUUGAAAACAUCCACUUGUUUACGAUAUAUAACUUGUAAUGUUGUAAAAGCAAAAGCUACGAGAAAGCUAUUGGUACAGUUUUUAAUCAUUUGAAAUUAUU